UUGUAGCUUUAUCUUUACUUCGUUGGUCGAACUCCAGUUGUGAAUCUUUCGCUUCGGGACGGCUUUACAUAUUUACGAGGUUCACCCAAACGUAACCUAAACGGUACAUAACGAGGACCAUUGAACGCACCAGCAGCCACUUCUGUUAACUCCUCCUGUGGGUGUGUUGCUAGAUCUCAAAAGAUCGGGAUGGGUGUGAGUUGUGAUGAACAAAACGAAGCCUCCAUAUUGCUUACACCGGUUAAACCACGUAUGUCAGCUACUGUACCCAGAUAGGAGGCUUGCUAGCGGUUAACUCUGAAAUCGACCUAGUACAUAACAGCGUUACAUCACUUUGGGUCGUAUCCCACCUGGGAAAUAUUGGUCCUAGAGAAGGCAACGCGUAUUAUUGAUUGCACUGUGACAUUUCUACGGCACACUGACCUGUUCAAACAAUAACGUUAAACGGUGACUUUGCAAAUUAAUAUUUCUUUUCCAAAGGACUGUGUUUCAUCGCGCCCUGUGAGUAAAACAGCCCCAUAUUAACGGGUAUUGAGCCAAGGACAUAGUUAUGUCCUGUCCGUGCACGUCGGCUGCAAGGUUGUUCCUAAACACUGCCCACAGAGGAUUGUCCUGCUCCCGGAUCCAGUUGUUUUGUCUGAGUCGUCAGGGUUCUCGGGAAAAUCAUUUACAUCCCAGGGUCUGGGUUCGGUCGUUUUCAGAGACCGCUGUAUGCUAUGCCGCUAAAGAUGGGUCAACAAAGGACAGUGGAAGUGAUGGUGGAAAGAAGAGCACCAGUGAGGGGAAGAGACAGUCUGAAUCCGGAGGAUCAGGCAAGGGAGGAAGCCAGCUAUGCUGCCCUAAAUGUGGAGAUGCCUGCACACAUGUAGAGACCUUUGUAUCAUCAACACGAUUUGUUAAAUGUGAGAAAUGUCAUCACUUUUUUGUGGUUCUGUCUGAGACGGACUCUAAAAAGGGACUAAACAAAGAGCCAGAAUCUGCUGCGGAGGCAGUGAAACUGGCAUUUGCACAGAAACCUCCCCCUCCUCCUAAGAAGAUAUAUGCUUACCUUGACAAGUACGUUGUUGGCCAGUCCUAUGCAAAGAAAGUGUUGGCAGUUGCAGUGUACAAUCACUACAAACGCAUCUACAACAACAUUCCUGCUGGGAGUCGACAGCAGGUAGAGGUGGAACAACAGCCUUCUCUAACACCUCGUGAACUAGAGAUGAGAAGACGAGAGGAUGAGUACAGGUUCACAAAGCUGCUGAAGAUUGCGGGGAUCAGUCCUCAUGGAAAUGCUCUGGGAGCGUCCAUGCAGCAGCAGGCAGGCCAGCAGGCGCCGCAGGAGAAGAGGGGCGGGGAGGUCCUGGACUCCACACACACCGACAUUAAACUGGAGAAGAGCAACAUUAUACUUCUUGGUCCCACUGGCUCUGGAAAGACGUUGUUGGCGCAGACACUGGCCCGUUGUCUGGAUGUUCCCUUUGCAAUAUGCGAUUGCACCACACUAACUCAAGCUGGAUACGUGGGGGAAGACAUUGAAUCUGUUAUUGCCAAACUGCUGCAAGAUGCUAACUACUCAGUGGAAAAAGCACAACAAGGAAUUGUGUUUCUGGAUGAGGUUGAUAAGAUUGGCAGUGUGCCUGGAAUCCAUCAGCUGAGAGACGUAGGAGGAGAGGGAGUCCAGCAGGGGUUGCUUAAACUCUUGGAGGGCACAAUAGUCAAUGUUCCUGAGAAAAACUCCAGGAAGCUAAGAGGCGAGACGGUGCAGGUGGACACAACAAAUAUUUUGUUUGUUGCUUCCGGUGCUUUCAACGGCCUCGACAGAAUCAUCAGCAGAAGAAAGAAUGAAAAGUAUUUGGGUUUUGGAACUCCCUCCAACAUGGGGACGGGGCGGCGCGCGGCGGCGGCCGCCGACUUGGCCAACAGCAGCGGCGAGACGGACACGGUGGCUGAGAUCGAGGAGAAGGACCAUCUGCUGAAGAUCGUCGAGGCCAGGGACCUGAUCGAGUUCGGAAUGAUCCCAGAGUUCGUGGGCCGCCUUCCUGUGGUCGUGCCUCUGCACAGCCUGGACGAAGAGACUCUUGUCAGAAUUCUGACCGAGCCACGCAACGCCGUGGUGCCCCAGUACCAGGCUCUGUUCAGCAUGGACAAAUGUGAACUCAACGUGACUCCAGAUGCCCUGAGGGCCAUAGCCAGGAUGGCUCUGGAGAGAAAAACCGGCGCUCGUGGGCUCAGAUCCAUCUUGGAAAAGCUGCUUCUUGAGCCCAUGUUUGAGGUGCCACACUCUGACAUCAUGGCUGUUGAGCUGAACAAAGAAAUUGUCCUAGGAAAAUCCCAACCAACCUACGUCAGAGCGCCAGCCAAGGAGCCCGCAGAGGAGGAGUAUGACUCAGGCAUUGAGGAGGAGAACUGGCCCCGGCAGGCGGACGCAGCCAACAACUGAGCCACGUGUCACUCAUUUCUCUUGAAGAUAGUCUGUGAAAUCAUUAGAUCUUUAUGACCCCUUCUUUAUCCGCUCUGGAUUUUACUGUUGCCUCUGACAAACACGCUUUGGUGGUGAUAAUGGAGUCCUGUGGUUUGCACUGAAGAGUGUUUUCCCAAUGCACAAGUUUAGACUGUGUAACAAACUUUGGUGCCGUGCAUAAGAUGUUAAUUCUCUAGCACUCGGACCGUCAUAAACUAUCUCUGGGGAUUGUUAACAUUUGUAUCCAUAUGAAGAGAAUGCAAUUUUAUUCAAAGAAAGGAUUUGUAGCCAGUUUAUUUGUUUUCUGUUUUUUGGUGGUGACUGGCUGUAAUGGCAAGGGAAGCAAAUGGAAAUUAUGGGAUCAUACUGUACACUUCAAAAAGAGGUGGAACUGAGUGUAGAUGGGAACUUGUCAAGUAGUCUUGUAUAAGGGUGUAAUAUUACUUAAGCACAUCAAUAUUCUGUUUUCUCCUUUACCACCAUUUUAAAAAUGGUGCUCACAGCAAAAAUACAUUCGUACGUGGUUUGUGUGACACAGCCUCUAAUUAGGAGAACACAUUGUGAAAUGUAAAGGUAAACAAUGGUGACCUUUUUAAACAAGAGUAGUUAUUUCUCAGUGUUUUGCUACACGUAUCGCCCACCUUUCAGGGAAUGUAUCUGUUCCCGAUUUUCACAAGACGGUCUCUCAAAGCAGGAUUAGUAGGUUGCUCACCAGCUUGGAAGUGUUAUUUAAUUAUGAUCCAAUAUUUAGUUUUGUGGUAGAUCCUCAACAUACAGUUCAAGACUAAAUCACAGCUUUAGAUAUCAAAGCUUCAUUAUUGUGAAACGAAUCCUAAUUGGAGAGAGAUUCUCUUUCUUUGUUGUCUGCUCUAAACCUGCUUUGUCAGAAGCCCCCAAAGACAAUGCAGAUGUUUCUAUUUUCACUAUGCGUCCCCCAGCGCUGGAAACCCACCUUAGUGUUAAUGAUGUAAUAUCCUGUUACUAAGUAGUAUCUCAAUACACGCGUCUGUAAUCAAGCCUAAAUGCUCUCCUACCGAACUGAACCACAGUGCUGUACUCUACUUUUUUGUGCUACAACAUGAGAUUAAACUACAUAUAGCCUCUU